AUGGCAGAAGGACAAGAUGUCGUCACCCCUCCUGACAGCUCACCAAAUAACGUGAACCCUACAGACUGCCAGAUCGUCACACUCACCCCUCCGCCGCCCUCCACAAGGAAGCCUACCUUAACCAGGGUCCAACCCAACCCGAGGACACCCCGGUGGGUGUGGCUUUAUUUUCCACCAAGAAGGCCGGGCUUCUACCCGAGGCUUCCUAAUGGACCUUUCCUCCUUCCAAACUACAACCACCGCUUCCCAUUCCGUCCUUUCUUCCCGCCACGAGGUGGACCGAAUGCUGGGAGGUACUUCCUCGGAGGACUGCUCCAGAGUAGAAGCUCAUCUGAGGAAAGCGUAGAGAAGUGAGAAGCCCAAACACACUCAACGAAAGAACCGAAGACAAUGAAAUCGUUUCUCUCUCCAGUCUACAAUCACCGCGUUAGAAAACUAAACACCCUCAGUGCCAUUCAGUAGAUUGUUGUGGGUUUUGUUGUUGUUGUUGUUUGGUCAACAAUGAAGAGAUCGGAUUACACAUUUUUGUUUACAAAACCUGGCAGUAACAGAUUCAUUAUUACCCCACAGGAUGUUAAUGCAAAUAAAAUCUAAAGAUGGGCUGUUCCAAUAAUUUCUAUCCAUACUUAGACACCAGCAGUAUUAAUUAACCCACUCUUUCAAAUUAGAGUGGAAGACAUUUUAAAGAGACCAUUAUGAGCCAGAUGCAGAAAUUAAAGACACUGGGAAACAUAGAGAGUAGGUAGAUCUACAAAGUGAACUUUAAAAGGAAUUCUAAAGCUUAAAGCAAACAGCCUUCUAGAGAAUGUGGCCCUAGGUAAAACUUUAAUUGUACACUGAACUACCAAACCCAAAUUAUUUGAACUGUAACGUCCUUUCUUUUUUCUUUCUUUCUUUUUUUUUUGGGGGGGGGGGUGUUUCUUCAAGACAGGGUUUCUCUGUGUAGCUUUGGAGCCUGUCCUGGAACUCACUCUAUAGACUAGGCUGGCCUGGAACUCACAGAGAUCCGCCUGCCUCUGCCUCCCAAGUGCUGGGAUUAAAGGCGUGCGCCAUCACUGCCCGGCCUAACUUUCUUUGUUAACUACUUGGGCAUAUUAAUUUGCUAAAUACUUCACUGUUUCUCCUGUAAUCAUCACAUAGUCACAGGUAAAUGAAAUACUUCCCUUCAAACUUUCAGCAUGGUUCUAACCAAAAGCUUAGUUUAAAAAUUACCUGGAUGUUAGUAAACUCCAACUCAACUGUGGGGACCUUGCGCUCUCAGGUGAACGACAACCGUACCCUUGUCUGUUUGACGGCUACAAAGCCCACCUCUUGCUUGCAUUACUCAGCUUGCCUGUGUCCUGGGAACCUGGGCUCUGUGCGUGUGGCCAGUGGCUUCCACGUGUUCUCAAGAAUUAUGCACAAAUGAUGCUGUCACUGCUGCUACAAAGGAAAACAACAACAACAUACUAACACAAAUGCAUGCGAACUCUGGAAAUGGACACCCAGGACCAGAAGACAGGGUUGUCUGUCAUGCCAGCAUGCUUCCUCCCUGCCUCAAAUGACGAAAGGAAAAAUGCAGCCAUCGUCGCAACCGGUGUAAGAGCAGACAUUUCCUUCCGAUUUAUAGGUUCAGGUUAAAACCUAUCUGAAUCCUCCUCAAGAAACUAUAUUUUGAAAUAAACUUGACACGUUCCCCGUUUGUGGGGAGGAAAGAAAAACAAACCAGAAAAAAGACCACCCUUUGGCAAACGUGAAGAAAGAUGAAGAUUUAGAUUUUGACUCCGUUUCUCUUCCUGUGCGCCUAUGUACUUGGCAUGCUCCCCGCACCCAACUGUCUCAAACCUGGGUUUUGACUGGGGCUUUCUUUCUCCCAACAUUAGAAGUUCUGCAAUUAAAAAUCAACAGUUCUGGGCCUGUGGGAGACAGCCUAGCAGGUAAAGGAACUUGCUGCGCAAGUUUGGUUGCUUAAGUGUGAACACACAGAACCCACAGAAGGUUGUGGAGAGAACUGUCUAUACACAUCGUCUUCCGACCUCCGUGUUUACACUGCGGCACAUGUGCCUCCCCAUAACACACACACUUCUCACACACACACAACAAUAAUAAUAAACACAAGUUUAAAAUGCAGCAGUUCUGAGAUCUAGCCCCUGACAAGGCCUUGUUAGGUGGUAGGCAAACCUCGGGUCACCCACUGAGGGCGACUGACAGCUUCAAUAUGUCCAUCAUCGGGUCUAUUGCUGAAAGUGGGCGAAUCGUGCAGGGUUUUACAGAAAGCUCUUCAGAUAACGA